AUGUCACAUAUUGAAUACAAGUCUUUUUUAAUUGAACAUCUAUCUAUCUAUCUAUCUAUCUAUCUAUCUAUCUAUCUAUCUAUCUAUCUAUCUAUCUUUUUCUUUCUUGUUUACUGUUCAUCUAUCUAUCUAUCUAUCUAUCUAUCUAUCUAUCUAUCUUUUUCUUUCUUGUUUACUGUUCAUCUAUCUAUCUAUCUAUCUAUCUAUCUAUCUAUCUAUCUAUGUUUUUCAUCCUUUCUCGGCACGCGGGUAUCGAAGACCAAGUUAGGUAACUUAAAUGAAAAGUGUCUUUUCAUAUCUAUCUAUCUAUCUAUCUAUCUAUCUAUCUAUCUAUCUAUCUAUUUCACUCUAUUCAUAUCUAUCUAUCUAUCUAUCUAUAUAUUUCAGUCUCUUAAUAUCUUAGUCUAUUCAAAUCUAUCUAUCUAUCUAUCUAUCUAUCUAUCUAUCUAUCUAUCUAUCUCAGUCUAUUCAUAUCUAUCUAUCUAUUUCAGUCUCUUAAUAUCUAUCUUAGUCUAUUCAUAUCUAUCUAUCUAUCUAUCUAUCUAUCUAUCUAUCUAUCUCAGUCUAUUCAUAUCAUCUAUCUAUCUAUCUAUCUAUCUAUCUAUCUAUCUAUCUAUCUAUCUAUCUAUCUCAAUGUCUUCCUACCAGUUUUGA